AAUACCAAAUUGUAGAUUUGUUGCUUCACAUAAUUUGAUUUCCGCCGAAAAUUGACUGUUUUAUUAAAACUAGUAAGAUUCUUAAUCAGUAUUGUCGUGUGGCCAUUACACACACUGGUAGGAAUUGCUAAAACCAUUAGCAGAUUGCCAUUAAUAAAAAAAAUGGCGUAUCGGAAUCGUGUCGAUUUCUAGACGAGAAUAUUAUAAAUCUUAACACACUUUGUUUAUAGUUAACUCGGUCUAUCAUUCCUAAUCUUUUUAAUUCUCUGGUUGUCUUUAAGUGCGCAAAUAUAGGUUUACCGAUUAACUGAGCCCUGACCCAUCUUCAUCAAGAAAGGAUCAGAAGACUGUAAAAAUGUCUACACGACAUUUGAGGAGGGUGAUGGAGGAGGCAGCCCCGCCGCCUCCUGAAGAGGAAUCGGAUGAAGACUAUGAACCACUGUAUGCACAAAAGAGUGUAAAAUCUAAAUUUUCUCAAUUGCAGCUGUCGGAUUCAGAUUCGGAGGCAGGUCAAGCUUCAGAGAAUAGUGAGGAGGAGGAGGAAGAAGAGAACGCCUGCGCUGCACCAGCCCAAAGCAGUCGCUCUAAGAAGAAGAAUAACAGAAAGAAGAAUAAACAAAGGCUACGUGAGCAGCAAGCAAGACUGGAGGAGAUUGACCGGACCGUCGAGGAAGUGAAUGCAAAGCUGGGAGCUCCGCCGCCGGCUCCAACCCCUGUUGAAGUUAAGGAGAGCUGGGGUUCUACUGUCUUCAAAAUUAAUGGCAAACACUUAAAUGUAGCCACCGAAAUUAGGAGGCUUUUUGGACCUGAGGAAUCCGAACAACCUCGCGCCCGACCGCCCCGAGUCCAACCAAAUCGUACCCUUAUGCUGAAGAGGGUAUUUGUACACCCAAAUAAAGACACAGCUGUCUAUGACUUUAAAAAGUCUGGUUUAAGUAUGAGUAAAUACAAAGAAGAAAACGGGCUUAUGUACUUUGUGUACAAUCAUGACGAGAACUACCAGAAGAUGCACCGUCUAUUCUUAAAGAGGUACCACACUUCCAAUGGGGCAACCUUGCUGAUGCAUUUAAAUGACGCACGUCGCAACAUGCACGUUGAGGCUCUGAUUGAGAUGUCUGACAUCCUGUUCCGAAUGGAGGAAAACAGCGCAGCUAAUGAAAUAAUCGAAAACGUAGUCACCUACCUGCAAUACGUAGCUCAUCCUGAGUUCCUUCUGACCAACCCCAACGUUCGUCUGGAGUACAAGUAUAUGGAGAACAGACCUUUCUUCGUGGCGAUGCUCAAAUAUGCGUACUUACUUUCCAACAAGGCGUGUCACCGAACUGCCUUGGAGAUAGUUAAAAUGCUGCUGGUCUUAGACCCCUCUGACCCUCUGGCCUUGUUGGCUGUGAUCGACACUUUAGGGCUCAGGUCCCGUGAACACGAGUGGAUGAUAUACGCAACUGAGUACUUCAUAAUCGAGCGAGAGGGUGAUCUAAUGUACAACAUAAAGUACUCACUCUCUUUGGCCAAUUUCCAUGUUGCCACCAAAACCAAAGGUGACUUAAGUGUGGCAGAUGCAAUGCUACAGGAAGCUAUGUUGCAAGACCCUGUAGUUUGGCUGAGAAUAAUGGAAUGUGCAAGCGUUUCCAACGCUAGGCUGUCUAAUCAUGAGCUAUUCGGGUCUCAUGCUCUUGAUUCCGGGGCCCCCGGCUUUGAUGACCUGUUCACCAUAUAUGCCAAGAUGACCUGGCCCCGUUGGCGCGAGCCAGCUGUCUUGGCCUGGGCGUUACGAUGCGCUAAUGAUCUCUGCGAUAAGUACGAACGUGAUUCGGAAGUGCGGGCGGCUGCUAAGCGGGCCAGCAACCGCUAUGGAACCCGCUACUCGGUAUUCCAAACGCUGCCGAGGGAGUAUCAGCGCCAUCUGUCGCUUCUCAGCAACAUGUCUAAACUAAUCCUGGAAACUACUUACGACACCGUUCACCUGCGCCCAACCUGCAGCUGGGACCCGAUGUACGAGAAGGGCAUCAACCGUUACAAGUACCAAUACUUCGUCGUCCAUGCUCAUCGCAUUAAUGGCUUAGGAGAAACCAUCGUCAGGUUCUUUGAGUCCAUGAGCCCGACGUUUGAUACCCCACCCCACUUCGAUGAAUGAGUAUGUUUAAAACAUCUUUUGAGUACAAUAAUAAGCCUUAUUUCUUUUAGAAAUUAGCUUGUAUUUAAGUAUAUUUGCUGUAAAUAUUGUUUCAUAUGCUUAGGUAUGAUUUUUUGAAAAUUAUACGAGUAAAAGUUGUUUGUAAUUAUUUUGAGUUUAUUUAUAUAACUACAUAUUAUUGUUAAGUAUACUGUCAAGGCAAUGUAUUUUUUGCACUAUUAGUAGUACGUUAUAAUUUAAGUUAGUUACUUAGACGCUAAUAAUUAUAUUUCUGACUGGCUACACAAUUUUUUUUUUGGACUCUACAAAUAUCUGAAUGGUUCUAAUAUCACAGGCCUAUUAAAGUUGGAUGGGGCAAGAUAAAAUUCGGGGGAAGUGUCCUAAAAUAAACUGUAAACACUAACCCCGUGUCAAUUUUGUUUAUUAAAGCAAAUAAUAUUCACGUAAAACGCCAGAAACAAUAUGAUUGUUCCGACAUUUUUCCGAGAACUCCAGUUCAAGCCAAUUCAAAAUUGUGCUUUCUGUGAUUCACUGUAAACUCUUUUAAGAAGAUUUUGCAAUAUUAGAGUUUGGCAAAUUUCAUUGAAUAAUCUGUAAAUGUAUCAUACUUUGCAUAACACCUACAACUCCAAACCAUCAAACAGGCCAAGAGAGAAGCUCAUAUCCCCGGCUAAAAAACCCUUUGUUUAUCUUUCCCCAUGUUGGAGGCCACAAUUUUUUUAUUUGUUCAUGAUUAUUGCUUUGUAAAGCUGUUUCUUUUUAUAUUUUUUUGUUUGCAUUAAAAUGCCUGUUACCUUUCUUAAAAUCCUAUUUAACAAUCUAAAAUGUUUGGUCCGGCAUAUGCCUACCUACCUGCCUGUCUCUAAAACUAAUUAUAUUUGUCUAAAAAGAGUUUAAAAAAAAAAACAUUAAUAUGCCUCGUAAGUUUACAUUAUAAGUGAUUGUUAUAAGUUCAAUUUAAUUUAAUAAUUGUUACCAUUAUAAUUUAUAUUAAUAUUGUUUAACUUGUCCCAAACUCAGGAUUUUUUAUAGUUUUUUUCUUAACUAUUUUAAUGGGAUUAGGUUUAUUUUAUGACAUGGUAAUGGUAUGUGAUAUUGUAUGACAUACAUUGAAAUGUACAAAUUGGCUUAAAUGAAUUAAUUUUAAAAAUUAUUAUUAUGUCGGUUAUUGCACUUACUGCCAAGCAAGAGAAACUAUCACUAGAUAAAUGUUUGCCUAAUUUAAAUAAUUAAGAAGAAUUUUAAAAGUUUAUAUCUCAAUGUGUAACCAAUUUUGUGUAGUUUUCACAUAGCUAUCAGUAGCAAGAAUCUUCCAGUAUAACUGAUUUUAUGCUUUUUAAAACUGUGAAACAAUGAAAUCAGAUUUAUCAAAUCUGAUCUUCCACCUCUCCGUUCCCAAUCGUUUGACUUUAAGUCGAUCCAGAUAAGAUUAGUGUUAUUUGGUAUGGUUUGUUUAUUAAUUCUUCCUUGUUGUUUGUCCACAGUUAAACCUUCUGUGGUGAUUCUCUAGAGGAAGACACCACAGUUCAUACUUACCCAUUGUCUUUUAUGUGUAAGCUCUCGAUAAAUUGACGUGUCAUAUGUCAGUAACUUACAGUAAUCAUACUCGUAUAAUCUAAUCAUCAUAUAUAAUCACUAAUCAGUAAUAAAUGUAAACAUUAUUCAAUCAGUAGAAUCAAAUAUUCUCCUUUUUAAAUCUGGAUGUUGGUACAUUGUAUGAGUACCAUUAGCAUAUUAAUCAAACUCAAUAAAAAUAAUCUGGUGUUAGAUGUCUAUAUAAUUGUAGAAAAUCUAAAGACUUGUCAAAAGGUGUGAAAAUAAAUAAAUGAAAAUGUA